AGUCCGCUGUCAACCAGUCAAGAUGGGUAGAUAGUCAGCACGCUCUUCUCCCCAGCGGCCGGCCCAUGUCGACCCGCGAGGGAGGAGGAGCAUGGCGCACCUACACCUCCAAGCAGGUGUUGGGAGCAAGAGGGGCGGCCCAGCUCGUGGGCAUGUUCAGAAAUCCGGACAACUCGACGAAGGAGAAGGAAGUCCGCGAGGCAGAAGAGAAAGAGGCUCAAGCACGGCAUUUUGCUGGGAUGCUGUGGAUGGUGGACGGCGUGCCGCCUCCGGACUUUGUAGUGAUCCAAGACACGAUAGGUCCCAGCCAGAGGGCCGAUGUCUCUGUCUACGUGCAGCGUCCAGAAGAGCCGCUGAAGGAAGUUCGGGUUCUUGGCCCUCGGCGAUCUACAGCCGAAGAGGCACGAAAGGAUGGUUGUGAGCUGAAACGCGUUGCCUUUAAGUGCGUGGAGAAGAAGUUCAACCUUCAAGAGGUAUGGAGAAAGUGCUAUCAGCUGGAGAACAAGCAGUGGUCAGUCCAGGAGCUGACCGGGGACGACAUUCUGGAGGCAAGCGAGAGGCUCCUUCCAGAAGUGCACGCAGCACAGAGAACCAAGAAGGACAACUUUGAGACGACAGCUGAGUGGUUCCAGGCAAACAACAAGAGGCGAGACUAUGCGGAGAACUUUGCUCCUGUGGGCCCAAGCUGGGCGCUGGCACAGCUACAGACGCCAGUUCCUAUCUUCCCAGGGGUUUGGUACAUGCACGAGCGGCAAAAUCAGGAGGGCAGACAUGUCCCCAUGCUCUUCUUCAAUGCAGAGAGCGGAAGGUAUUAUCGGAAUCGCUCGCACGAAGUUUACGUUCCGGCCAAGAGCCGGUGGCUGCAAACUGGUGUCCCACAUGGUCCAGAGGACCACUCACUGAAGAUGGCUCAUGGCUCCGUUUGCUUACCAACCUCCAGCGGGCGCAAAGAUGAUAUGGCCGUGAUUCUGCCAGAGCUGGCCCGCACGGGAUCGCUUCUGAAGCUGCCCAUGCCCUUCGCAGACAAGCCGGCCGCCUUGUUCCUGCUGGUGGAUGGUGUGCGGAAUGCUUCUGCGGCUGAGUGGUGUGCCAAGCGCUUUCACACUCACCUGCUUCCACGCCUUUCCGCCGUGCAUUCUGAUCUGGAUGAUGCUGAGUUAGUGUCCAUCAUCAAGGAAGCCCUGGCCCACCUGGACCACGCUCUACUGGAGAGCCCUGCGCGCUACGCCGGGUGCAGCCUCGCAGUGGCGCUGCUGCUGGGACCGCGCCUGGCGGUGUGCAGCCUGGGCGGCUGCCGCGCUGUGGUGUGCACGCCGCCUGCGGCCCCUGCAGAGCCCCCGACAAAGAAGGGGCCUGGCGCCGGUGCCGCGUGGGCGUGCAGAACGGUGGAAGGCUCUGUCCCAGGGCAUACCAGGCUAGACAUCCUGCAGUCGCAGAGGCGGCGACGGUUUGAGGCCUACGGACCACUGGACUUUGAUAUGGGGCAGGCAGCGCAGCUGCAAACUGCAAGCCCCUCAGAGGCAUCUCUAGCAGACCUCUCGGAUCGUGACCGGGCUAUCCGGAAAGCCCUGCGUGCAGCCAAUCCUUUUGCGGCUCUCGGCCUCAGCUUGGCCGAAGCGAUGGCGGCAAAGCCGAGCACGGGCAAAAACGCCGUGGAGGCCUUUGAGGCCUUGCUUGGACCGCGCCGUGGCGAUCAGCAGGCGGAGGCUGCUCGAAGCCGCGUCAAGGCAGCUGGGGAGGCCGUGGACAAAAUGCUCACUCAAGACACCUUUGGGGCCCAGCAGCUGGCAGAGCUCCUCUAUGUCUUGGACGAGGAGGAUGGCAUCAUUACUCAGCAGCGAGCUGCGGCGCUUUUGAAGAUACCUCCAGGCUGCGGUGAGGCCGUUGCCAAUGGAGCAGUUUCAGUUCGCUAUCAAGCUGUGCUCGGCGGCAUCGCAGCGACUUGUCCUUCAGAUGCCACGCGAGGCUGGGACAUUCUCCGCGAAGCCAUCGAUGCCGCGGCUCGGCCCGCGACAUCGAUUUGGACGCCUCCGGCUGGCGCCAGAGGCGUGGAGGUCAGCGCUGCCAUGGGGCUGCGAGACUUGAAGCGCCCCAGGAGGCUCGUUGGCCUGGAGUUUGCCGGGGAGGUGUUCCGAAUAGAGCCAGGCAACACAUUGUGCUUGCUGAUGAUGACUGAUGGGGCACAAUCCGUGCAGCCAAGCCAGAUGGCAGAAGCAGUGGCAGCUAAUCAGGGACGGCCGAAGGCAGUCGCUACGCAGCUUGCUGCAGUUGCCUCUGAAGCUCUGAAAGGAGAUGGCAAAAGUGAGACGCCCUCCGUAGGCGUUUUGGCGGCGCAGUUCAGCGUGAAGGCUUGGGAAGAUCCGUCUCAGCAGCCAGAACCAGAGGAUCCCAAGAAGCGGAAAGCGCCAGAAGUUGUGGUUGGCCCCCAGCCAGGCGGCGGAAUGCCCAACCGCAUUCGAGUGAGCCACAUCCUCCUGAAAUGGGAGUCCCUCACGGCUCACGACUCCAAUGCGCGGAGAGCGCCACCCAAGGGUAGAACACAAGCCGAUGCUGAAAAGGAGCUCCUGAAGCUUUUACAGGUUCUGAGCUCUAUGCCACAUGGCACUCCUACCGAGAACAAGAAACUUGCGUCAAAGUUCGCUGAGCUGCCCAUUCGGACUGCAACUCUGCGAACAACGGCGCGCUUGCUGACCUCGGGUGGAUUGUGCCAGGUCAGUCGGACAAAGAUUUCGAGGCUGCAGCGUUUGACCUGGCCGUGGGUGCCAUCAGCGACAUUGUCAUCUCGCAGAGGGGCGCCCACUUGAUCCACCGAUUGGCUUGAGUGAGCAAGUCGGGCACACGGCUGUCCGCACAGGAAGUGUGAGCAACCAGGCAACGAUCCAGAUUGGUGCGGUCAGCCAUUUGGACCUAGCCUGGACCUGGCCUAAAUUGCCCCAGAGGGACAGGAUGCCUCGCAAUUCUGCGGUUAGAUGCAUUCUGCCUGAUAAUGCAACGCAUGGGUCCCAUGCCCUGGCACCAUAGCAUCGGCGAGUAG